UGCAGAUUUGAUUGAAGAUAAGAGUUUUAUCGAGAGAGAAGACGAAGAUGAUGAUGCUUCAACUGCUACAUUUCAAUCCUUCCUUCCAUUAUCAUAAGACCACAUCACUCUCCUCUUCUACUGCAACCAGAUCGACGAAGACGAACCCUGAUAUUGGCAGUCUCAUAAGACCAAACCUACUACCGUUGAAAUGUAGAAGACGACGACAACCGCAUCAAUGGCGAUCUUUCAUCUCUUCCUCAAUUCCUCCAUUAGAUCUGACAGAAGACAACAUUAACCAGGUUUUAACCGAUGCUCGAGCUGAGUUUCCUCAGAUAUUUGAUCCUUCAGUUAACAUAACAGGGGAAGUUAGGUUAGUUGAGUUAGAUGGACCUUUUGUAACGAUUGGUCUUAAGGGUAGGUUUUGGCAUACACGUGCAACUGUAUUGGCUCGAAUUGGGAACUAUUUGAAGCAAAGAAUACCUGAAAUCAUGGAAGUUGAUAUUGAAGAUGAGAAGCAAUUGGAUGAUAGUCCUGAGAAUUUCUGAAGAAUAUGUCAUAACCUAGUUUUGAUUCAUAACAUUGACAAUAUUUCUUAAUUGUGUUGAACUAAGAAGCCGAGUUCUCUGAUUUGAUUCCCAUUGAAAGGUGGGGUUAAGACUGUA